UGCCCGCCAUGCCCAAGGUUCAGAGGAUCGGGCGCUGACCUCCUCCAGAUCCUACUUUGGCUAUGCGGUCCCUGAACAUCACCCCGGAGCAGUUCGCGCAGCUCCUGCGGGAGAACAACGUGACCCGGGAACAAUUCAUCGCGCUCUAUGGGCUGAAGCCGCUGGUCUACAUCCCGGAGCUGCCCGGGCGCGCCAAGCUGGCCUUCGUCCUGAUCUGUGUGCUCAUCUUCGCCCUGGCUCUCUUCGGCAACUGCCUGGUGCUCUCCGUGGUCGCCCGCCGCAAAGCCAUGCGCACCGUCACCAACAUCUUCAUCUGCUCGCUGGCCCUCAGCGACCUGCUCAUCGCCUUCUUUUGCGUCCCCUUCACUAUGCUCCAGAACAUCUCCAGAAACUGGUUGGGGGGUGCCUUUGCAUGCAAGAUGGUACCAUUUGUCCAGUCCACUGCGAUAGUUACUGAGAUUCUUACAAUGACCUGCAUUGCUGUUGAAAGGCAUAAUGGGAUUGUCCACCCCCUCAAAAUGAAAUGGCAGUACACCAACAGGAGAGCAUACACAAUGCUUGGCAUAGUCUGGUUGCUGGCAGCUAUUGUUGGGGCACCUAUGUGGCAUGUACAACGGCUAGAGAUUAAAUAUGAUUUCCUUUUUGAAAAAGAGUAUGUUUGCUGCCUGGAAGAAUGGGCCAGUCCUAUUCACCAGAAGAUAUAUACCACUUUCAUUUUGGUCAUCCUCUUCCUUCUCCCACUGAUGCUGAUGCUCUUGCUGUACAGUAAGAUUGGCUAUGAGCUCUGGGUUAAGAAAAGAGUUGGAGAUGCUUCUGUUUUGCAAACCAUUCACGGGAAUGAGAUGUCUAAAAUAUCACGAAAAAAGAAGCGAGCAAUCAUUAUGAUGGUGACAGUUGUGGUUUUAUUUGCUAUCUGCUGGGCUCCUUUUCAUGUAAUGCACAUGAUGAUAGAAUACAGUAGUUUUGAAAGAGAAUAUGAUGAUGUCACCAUUAAGAUGAUCUUUGGCAUAGUACAGGUGAUUGGAUUUUCCAAUUCCAUUUGCAACCCUUUUGUGUAUGCUUUCAUGAAUGAAAACUUCAAGAAAAACUUCCUAUCUGCGAUUUGUUUUUGCAUUAUUAAAGAAAACAUACCCUCAUCCAGAUGCGGAAAUAUGGGAAUUGCAAUGACACAGAAGAAGGAAGGUCUCUGUACAAAGGAGCCAGUCUCAGAGGGGAGCAGAAGAGAAGCCUUCAGUGAAGGGAACAUUGAAGUAAAAUUCUGUGAUCAUACCUUUGCUUCAAAGAACUCCAAGAGGCACCUUGCUUUGUUCACAUCUCAACUUUCUGGGCACGCUUCACUGGGAAGCUAACGUAAUGACUAAUUCAUUGGACCCUUGUGCUCAACUGGGAAUGGUCGUGCCUUGAACUAUACUUGGUUGUUGCAAAAGCUUUAUAUAAAUAGUAGACCUUCUGUCUCUACUCAGACAACACAAGAAUACACUAUGUUCACAAUGUUGCAGACCUCCUCCAGGCUGCUAAUUUCAGGGACCAUACACAUGGAGAGUCUGUGUCAAAUCCUGGAUGGAGUGGUUUUCCUCAGAUAAUAACCCAAUUCUUUCAGGAAGUAUCCAUCCUCUGGAACUGGUGGAAACUGAGGCUCCCUGAGGGAUGAACUGCUGGGUAGGUCCGUGGUUUAGGACUCUGGUUGAGGAGCCCAAGGCUGGGAGUUCGAUUCCCCACUGUGCCUCCUUGACAGUGAUUGGACUCAAAUAUCCAUAGGACCUUUCCAGCUCUGCAGUUCUAAGAUGAUGAGAGAGUUCUGCAGGAGAAUUACAUCCAUCUCCAUAUCCGUGGUGUGACAGAACCUUAACAGCAGGAUUGUGUUGGCUAGAAGUGCUCCAUUGGAGCAGAGGAAUCCUCAAGGGUUGAGAAGUCCAUGUGAGGAGAAUUCUUGGAAACCUCUGAACUGCUACAGGUGUGCCUUAGACAGGGCUGGUGACUUGUAUAUUAAAAAGCUUGUAGGGGCUGAAGACAAUAUCUUUCUUUCUAAGUAAUCCUCAGUUCCCUGGAUUCCUGAAACCCCUCUUUUCUUAGCUUUGUCUGGGCUGAUACAGGAGUUUGACUUCAGCUCCCCACACUCAUCUUAGUGACGCAUUAGACAGAAUUUUUUUCUGUCUUGACCCUAGCUUUGUUUAUUGGACUUGAUUGAAUACUCUUCCCCUGACUUUACUGGCUGUGACUUUCCUUGGUUGAUUUUGUAUCAGCUGACCCCAUUGCUAAAGCUAGGCCACCUGAAAACAGGACAGUCCACCAUCAAGUUUUUUCUUUGGUUGUGGCUAGCCAUAGCAUUUGGUUGGUCCUGAGCUGAAACCAAGCUGGCCUACUCCACUAAGGCUGAUGAUUUCAGGGACCAUGAACUUAAGGAGUAAUCAUCAGUGCUUGUGUUUGGUUUUAGUCAUCCAUAGCAUUUGGUGAUCUUGACUGAGCUAAGAACCAACUUGGCCUACUCUUCCCCCUUUCCUGGUCAAGAAAACAUGAGUGUUGACCCACAUAGAACAUCUUCCAGUUCUUUUUGUUGGCUCUUUUCCAGUCUUAAGAAGAAUCUGCUUUGCUAGGCAAUUUGC